AUGACGCAAUUGCGAUCGAAACGGAAGGCACCUGGUGCCACCAUGCCAGAAGAAAACCUGAAUCCGAUUUCUUGUGAGCUAUGCAGACAACGCAAAUGCAAAGGGAAGCGUCGAAAUGUACCUACCCCGAGAGUGAGACUGGCAGAGACCGAGUCAGCUCUUUACGGGGCUUUGAUGACCAUUCGUUCGAUGGGACAAUCAACGGCAGUACAAAUCCCAACAAAGACAGGUACUGCCCUCAAACACAAGGCAGCUCGCAUGGAAGAGUGGUCUCAGCUGCCCCUUCGAGAUUGGCCCGAUAUGGAGCGUUGGCUGAGCGCCAUGUCGGAUCGGUUUACCAUUGAGCAGCCAAGUGACGUGGUUCCAGACACAUCGGGAGGUGGUUACGCAAUUCCUAUGACCCCUACUCACGGUAAAUCGCAGACCUUGGGAGAUCAGCCUCAUUCCGGACUAGUCUCAUAUGCAUGGCCACCCAGGGACAACAGGGUCAGUUCGGGGGGUUCAUACGAUGCUUCUCAGCCCCACCCUGGGGUGAUGCCUUCGCCGGUAUAUUUGGAACACCAGGUUGCGGUAGAACCCGAAUCCGUGCCGUCUCCGGAUAGUUCCCGAGAUGGACUAAUUGGCGACGAGGAUGCCGGCCUCUCGGUGGAUGUAAACGUAUCUGCAAGAGCUAGGGGGCGACCGAGCAAAGCUGAAGAGCUGUCACACAAUCACCCGAGUCUUUACUUUUAA